AUGGCGGAGGGGACUUACGUUAAGCUGACCAAAGAACAGAAGCCUUUGCAGAACAUCACCCCCGGCGAGUUAAAUGAGCCGAUCAAUGUUGCAGAGUUAAACGCUCCUAAAUGCGAACAAUGUGGACAAACUUUACCACCAACCUACUCACCCCCAGCUGAUGAAGACUGGAUGACAGGCAUUUUCGAAUGUACUGAAGAUCAUGAAAGUUGUCUGACUGGUCUAUUCUGUCCUUGUGUGCUAUUCGGGCGUAAUGUGGAAACCUUUAACGACAACAUAACUCAACAAAGUGCGUGCAUUGGUCACGCAAUAUGUGUCGAGGGAGGUAUUGCCCUUGCUGUCGUUACAGCUACAUGCCAUGGUAUAGAUCCUGACACCGCUUGCCUUCUUACCGAAGGCUUACUGUUUGCCUGGUGGGUUUGUGGCAUCUACACCGGCAUGGGUCGACAACUGUUGCAAAGGAAAUAUCAUCUCAAGAACUCGCCUUGUGAUCCAUGCAUGGUGCAUUGUUGCCUCCAUUGGUGCGCAAUUUGCCAAGAGCACAGAGAGAUGAAACAUCAUCUUACGGAUAAUAUCUCACCCGAGGCCACAGUCAUAGAACCUCCGGCAGUGCAAGAAAUGAGUGCGGUCGAGCAACACAUGAAGCCUGAGUCAUCUUCUUCGUCUUCUUCUUCACACGAGGACAACAAUAACAAUCUUCAACUACAGACCGUGACUCUUUAA